AGUGGUCACGUGACCCAGACGCCACCGGAGCCAAGUGCGCCUUCCAGUUUCUGAAGCCAGAGGGGGCCUAGCGUGUCCCCCAGCUGCCAACACCCUGCCUGUCGUGACCAUGCUGUCCCGUCUGCUAAAAGAACACCAGGCCAAACAGAACGAACGCAAGGAGCUGCAGGAGAAGAGGAGGCGUGAGGCUAUCGCUGCAGCAACCUGCCUGACAGAAGCUUUGGUGGAUCACCUCAAUGUGGGAGUGGCCCAGGCCUAUAUGAACCAGCGAAAACUAGACCAUGAGGUGAAGACCCUACAAGUUCAGGCUGCCCAGUUUGCCAAGCAGACAGGCCAGUGGAUUGGGAUGGUGGAGAACUUCAACCAGGCACUCAAGGAGAUCGGGGAUGUGGAGAACUGGGCUCGGAGCAUCGAGCUGGACAUGCGCACCAUUGCCACCGCCCUGGAAUAUGUCUACAAAGGGCAGUUGCAAUCUGCCUCCUCCUAGUACCUAUGCCCCCCAUCCCUCCUACCUCACCCACAGGGCAGGAGGGAGACUAACAGGCCAUGAAUAAAACACAAGCCUCCAUUUC